UUUUGUCUAAGGCAAAAUUGCCUUCUGCCUUUCAUUUGUGUAAGCCCGACCUCAUUCACGUCUCUCAAGUCUGCCUUUUUCUCUCAAGUUUCUCAGCUCAACUGAUCUCAAACUGGGCAUCUCUCAAGUCUCUAUCGAAACUGCGGCCAGCGACCACAGCGCAUCCACGACCGAUUAUUGGACCCUAAUCUCAAAUUCAGCAGCAGAUCGAGGUGCGUUUGAAGAAAACGCUAAUUUCAGUAGCGGCGGUGCACUUGAAGAAAACCAUGAUAGCCCAUCUAACAAUCGUCUGAGAAGAACCCAUUGAAGGAAGUAGAGGACGAGUUGAUCUAGAGGAAGAUCCGACAGAUACUAGAUCCAAAAUUUGGGGGAUUAAUUUGAAGAAGAAGAAGAAAUUGGGGCCGAUUUUCCAGAAGGCUUGAAGUUGAAAUCGAAGUUGAUCAACGCGUAAGUACUCUUUCAUCGUCACUCCGUAUUUCCUUAAACAUCAACAUCAUCCUUCCUUUUGGGGUUUUUGCAGGGUUGCAAAGUUUGGUGCCUUGGUGGGAAAUGUGGACGUGCACCCCUGUCUGCUAGUUGUUUCAUUCACUACGGCCUCAGAUUCUUCUGCUCAAGAUCGAAUCUUUUGUAGGUAUAAUGGUGCAGAAGGCCUCCACACGAAAGUGACCGAGUUUGUCAGGGACAAAGAAUGUGUUAUAUGUGGCCCAGGUGUGCUUAUUGAGCUGGACACCUCAGUUACUUUGCAAAAGUUACAGUCAAGAAAUGUCAAGUCAGAGUUUAAACUCGCAAUAGGUUCUGUGGACAACAUAGUUGCUUUUGGAACCGUUGUUGAAGUUGAUGUCGAGGCCACACAACAGACUAUCCAUGGUGUACCAUUGGGAGAAAAAAAUGUACGCCUCAGUCACUGAAGCGGUUGUUGCUAAUGCUUUGCUACCAUUUCCUAUCAAAGAUGAGAUUGUGAGAGUUGCCGAUGCGAUUGGCACAUGUGUUGCUUGCCUAGAAGCUUGGUUAUACCCCCUGAAGUUGUUGACAAGGAGCAAGAAAACCGUAAAAUUGUGAAAAAGAAAAGGACGGAAAUGUAUGAAGAUUUUGAUCAUGAUGACCUUGACAACCUGCCCCCCCAACUGCCAUUACCACUAAAGGAGCUGUGCCACUGGGCCAAUAUAUUCUCGAAGAAUAGGGUCACCAUCCACACCAUUUAUAUUGUGAACCCCGUUGGGCCAUUGGGCCAAUAUAUUGUGAACCCCGCUGAAGAAGUUGUGCAUUUCAUGGAUCCAUUUAAGAGACGACUUAUCACCGGUGAAUGGAAAACUAUUGUGGAUAACUCAAUCAAAAUAUACAAUGCGCAAAAAACUAAGAAAGGCAGAAAAAUAGUUACAUGGAAAAAUUGUGCGGGCAUUCCGGAGCAGCAAGGUGAUAAAACCUGUGGGUUUUGGAUUAUGCAUUACAUGAAGUACAUAGUGGAGGACAAGAACCAAGAGUGGAGUGCUAAGUACAUGGGACAGAAAGGGAAGCAACAUGUACACACAAAAUGAUAUUGAUAAGGUUCGGGCCGAGUGGGCACAAUAUGUUGCCCAAUUUCAAGAAAGCUAGUGCCUAACUCUUUUUUGGACAUGCAUCACCUAUAUAACCCAGAUUAGGAAGCUAUAGGUAUUAGUUUUUUGCUUUACAUGCUCGAUACUGUGAUGUUUGUUGCGUUGCCUUUAUCGAUCAUGUCUUUUGUUUCAUGGAUGGGGUUGUAUUGAACUGAUGCAUAGCAGGUUGUGUAAUAUACUGAAUGAUUUGCCAGUUUGAUGAAAUGGCAUUUUCUGGAUUUCCAGAUUACCUAAUGAUCCAGUUCGACGGGAUCUUCUAUUCUUGUUGGAGGGGAAAUUACCAAACGUCUAGCUUUCCCUCACGCUCGGCGCCAAUGAGUUUUUUUAUUUAAUUUGUGAGAAAAAAAGAAAACUAUGCCUUCGCACUAUAUGAAUAUUAAGUAAUAAUAGCAUGGCACUUCGAAUUCGAUAUGAGAAUUUUUUUUUUAAACCCUUAGAUUACGUAUCGAAAGAGUAGUAUGAGAUAAAAAGACAUUUUCGAUUUUAGCCAAUCUAUUAGGAGGCCUAUUUCAGCGUCACAAACUUUUUUGUUUUUACAGCAGGGACUCUUAAUCUUAACAAUUUUUAGGUUAUGAAAGAAUAUGAAAAUAAAUCUUGUUUUUUUAUUUGAAAAAAAGAAGAAGAAACUUUGGGAUUGCUAAAUAACAGACGAAAUAAAUAUAUAAAGCAACGGAACCAUCAUAGUAUUUUUAUAGUAUUUUUGAACUUCUACAAAAGGAAGGAUGGUUAUUGGAUCAUUUACCAACCCGAGUCUAUCAGACCCUAUCAUUUAUUUUAUAUUUCUUCGAUGUAAGUAAGGUAAGGUAAAAAAAGUGAAUUCCAUUAUAGAGCCGUAUGCAAUGCGCAAAAGAUGCCUGUACGGUUGUUCAAUUAUAUCUUUUUUAUUAUUCUUUAUCUCCUCACUACUUUCAUCAUGCGAGAUAGAAGAAACAUUUUUUUUAUGUUAUAUCAUAUAUUAUUAGGUAACGAUCCAUCAACCUGCUAGUUCUUUUUAUGAGGCACAGACGGGAGAAUUUGUCCUGGAAGCGGAAGAGCUGUUGAAGCUGCGCGAAACCAUCACAAGGGUUUAUGCACAAAGGACAGGCAAACCCCUAUGGGUUGUAUCUGAAGACAUGGAAAGAGAUGUUUUUAUGUCAGCAAUAGAAGCCCAAGCUCAUGGAAUUGUUGAUCUUGUAGCGACUGAAUAAAAAAGAAAAAGAACAAGGAUUUCACAUGAAUUCGUGAUUUGGUAUUUUAUCUUCUUACCGGAUUUAAUACUCUAUUUAUUAAUUUCUUAAUAUAGAAA